AUGGCAUUUCCAACAAACAUACCGGCGGCCGAAGGACGUCAUAAAUAUCCACCAGAACAGGUUGCAGAUUCGAUACAACCGUCUAAAUCGGGACAGCGUGAUCGGGAGGCAGUACCGCUAUCGCCCGCUGGUACAGACACGUCGAGAACCACCGCCGAUGAAUAUAUUGAUGGGCCCGGUCUGCUCGUGGGUCGAGAGCGCUCCGCCAGCAGGAGCAUUGACCUGGGUGUUGCCAAUGUGGCAAUCGAUGUGGCGGUGCGGCCUGAUCAGUUUUCAAUGAACCAACAAAUCAUGCCAUUGCGUGAUACACAAUACCAAACGUCAGAAUUUGAGCAUGCAAGCCGCACUUUUCGACUGUCAAGAUCCCCAUCCGAGCCUCAAGCACAAGGAGAAGUCUAUCAAUUUGACUCGACAUUGACUGACUUGCAGCCUCAUGACCUCUUGAUGGAACAACCGCUCACUCCUGCGAGACAACUGGAUUUUAGGCUCCAAGAUUUCGAUUGGGAUUCUUUUGCGCCGUGGGGAAUAGACUGGCUAGGCCUUGAUCAAGGUUCCUCGAUCCAAGCGGCGCUGCCACAACUAGAUCCUUCGUGGCAAUCAGGUAACUCACCUGCUCGACCCAGGCAGCAAGAGACUCAACAGCUUCCAGUGGUGGAAGGGCAAUCGACGAUACCCAUGUCCUCAGUACAUGGUCUCUCUCCACCAGUUCCUGUGGAUCAGCGGUCGAACGUUUCCUCAUACCUCGAGAGGAGACCUAUUCAGAACCCGCCGACUUCUACCCCGAAUCUCCUCGAAAGCGUCAGCGCCGUUCUCUCCAAGAUGAGGCUACCGUCAGAUAUCAGUAUUCCGCAAUUCAGCGCCGCAGUACGGCAUCUUGAAAAACUGGUUAAUAUUUAUUUCGCAGAGUUUCACCCCAACUUACCGGUCAUGCAUAAGCCGACAUGGGACAUCUCAACGUGCCCUACCUAUCUAAUUGCAGCAUUGGCCUGCCUGGGCUCUACAAGCUAUCACAAGAAGAGAGGACUAGAUGAAGAAUCAAGCCUCCUAGCUGAGAUAUGUUCCCGACAUUUGAAUAAGGCUUACCGGCUCGGACCUGAUAGCUAUCAAAACAUCGAUUUUGUCACUGCGUCCAUGCUGCACCAAGUAUAUGGCUUGGGUGUUGGAGUACCGUCAGUCCAUGAGAGCGCAGACAAUUUCCGUGGAAUCCUGGUGUUAAGUCUCAGGAGGACUGGUGUGUACCGAUCUAGGAAUGGUACCGACCCAUGGAAUCUCCGAGUCCCUGAGCUUGCGGAACUCGAUCUUGAAGACAGCUCGCGACUAGAAGCUGCAUGGUUACAAUGGCGAACUACCGAGAUGGCAAAGAGGCUUGCGUGGUGCCUUUUCGAAUACGACAACAGUCUAUCAUGCUUAACCACAAAACGGGGUGUGGUGAGCCUCCAAGAACUCCCAGACAGGCUGCCUUGCAACGAGUGUCUUUGGGAAGCUCAUUCUACUAGGGCGUGGGCAUCAAUGGCGCUGCUUACCGAGAAUAGUCUCCACGGUUCCCCGUUUCGGCCUGUGCUGCGGGAUCUUCUGAAUGGCAAACCCAUUCCUGAUAAGUUGGCAACGUGGUGGAAGCGUUGCUGUGCACAUACUAUAUGCCGGCUGCUCUGGGACUUGAAAGAGGUGGACAAUUCAAUAUCCAACCUGCUUGCCCCUGACUCCCUUACCGAAUCUCAGAAGCCUCUCAGAAGAUCGCUGUUACAAAGUCUGAAGGUACUGCAUGACUCGGCAACUCAACCAUCUCGCCCUGAUGACCUCGUCCACAUGAACAUUACAUGUCUCAUAAGUCAUCACGCCAGCCUGAACAAUCAUCGAGAAAUCAUGGAAAUGGUUAUACAUGUCUUCCAGAAUUUAGCCAACUCGAACGAGAUGGAGCUUGAUAUGGUCAAGGCCAGAUUGCAGAUGGUAUUUGCCAGCGAUGCGAUUCAUGCGAGACGGCUCGCGUACCAUGCUGCAUCAAUCAUAGCCAUCUCACGAGAGUGUACGGUGUACACGCCCUGCGAGACAUUCAGGGUUUUCGACGCAUACGCGUACAUCCUGGCAUUUGUCAAGUUUGGGCCCAAGAUGCGGAAAAACCUUACCUCGAGUGACAGAGGCGGUGAUGCUUAUCCUGUCAAAACCCCCAUCAUGAAACCCCACCCUCACAACGAAAGCCAAAGUGGCGAUGGCUCUGUCAGGCUUGACCGCUUACCAUGGUCUCGGAAUGCGUCCGAGAACGGUGUGGUAGAACUGUGGAUUAACAAGGGCCAGGUUCGUGCUUCGCUAGAUGGCGCUGAUGAUGUUGAAGACGAGAGGAACUAUACGCGCAUCAAAUGCAGCGCCCUCAAAACGAUCGAAAAGUUGAACCUCUGGGGCCUUUCGCUUAAAUUCUACAAGACGUUGGAGAGUUUCACCUGA